AUGAGGGAGAUCAUAAGCAUUCAUAUUGGACAAGCAGGAAUUCAGGUCGGGAAUUCUUGUUGGGAACUUUAUUGUCUUGAACAUGGAAUACAGCCUGAUGGAACGAUGCCUAGUGACACCUCAAUCGGUGCGGAACAUGAUUCUUUCAAUACCUUCUUCAGCGAAACUAGUUCAGGGAAGCAUGUGCCAAGAGCUAUAUUUGUUGAUCUUGAACCCUCUGUCAUUGAUGAAGUCAGAACUGGGACUUACCGACAACUUUUUCAUCCUGAGCAACUUAUUUCUGGCAAGGAAGAUGCUGCUAAUAACUUUGCCAGGGGACAUUAUACAGUGGGAAGGGAAAUUGUCGAUCUAUGCCUUGACCGUGUGAGGAAAUUGGCAGACAAUUGUACUGGUUUGCAAGGGUUUUUGGUAUUUAAUGCUGUUGGUGGUGGCACUGGUUCUGGUUUGGGCUCCCUACUUUUGGAACGCUUGUCUGUGGAUUAUGGAAAGAAGUCAAAACUUGGCUUCACCAUCUAUCCUUCUCCUCAGGUUUCUACUGCUGUCGUGGAACCUUACAACAGUGUGCUCUCCACUCAUUCUCUCCUUGAACACACAGAUGUUGCUGUGCUUUUGGACAAUGAAGCCAUCUAUGACAUAUGCAGGAGAUCUUUAGACAUUGAAAGGCCAACAUACUCCAAUUUGAACCGUUUGAUAUCCCAAAUUAUCUCAUCUUUGACCACUUCCUUGAGGUUUGAUGGGGCCAUUAAUGUUGACAUCACAGAGUUUCAAACUAAUCUUGUGCCAUAUCCUCGCAUCCAUUUCAUGCUUUCAUCUUAUGCCCCAGUGAUCUCAGCUGCAAAGGCUUACCAUGAGCAGCUUUCAGUUCCUGAGAUCACAAGUGCUGUGUUUGAGCCCUCAAGUAUGAUGGCCAAAUGUGAUCCAAGGCAUGGAAAAUACAUGGCUUGCUGUCUCAUGUAUCGUGGAGAUGUUGUACCAAAGGAUGUUAAUUCUGCUGUUGCCACCAUUAAGACAAAGAGGACAGUUCAAUUUGUAGACUGGUGCCCAACUGGUUUCAAAUGCGGUAUCAACUACCAACCACCAACAGUGGUACCUGGAGGUGAUCUUGCUAAAGUGCAGCGUGCAGUUUGCAUGAUAAGCAACAACACAGCAGUAGCUGAGGUCUUCUCCAGAAUUGACCACAAGUUUGAUCUCAUGUAUUCCAAGCGAGCAUUUGUUCACUGGUAUGUGGGCGAAGGCAUGGAAGAAGGUGAAUUCUCAGAAGCUCGUGAAGAUCUUGCUGCUCUUGAGAAAGACUACGAGGAAGUUGGAGCAGAAGGUGGUGAUGAAGAAGAUGAGGAGGAAGAUUACUGA